ACAUUUCCAUAAGUGAAAGUUUGGCUGAGAGUCAGUGCCAAACUGGCCCACCUGUUAAUGUCAGUCAGAGGCUGCAGCAACCAAAGCAAAGGCAACAGACAGCAGCGAAAUAACAGAGACAUUUUACACCCUAUAAACUUAGAAAUGACAGAUAUUAAACCAAUCCUUGAAGUUGGAUGUGAAGACUCUGAGCAGAGAAACAUCAGCGCCACAAACCCAGAUGAGGAGGAAGAGGCCACAUGUGCGACAAAGUAUUCAAAAAGUACGUGGGAGAUCCCGUCUCUUCAGGAGCUGGAGGAGCUUUUACAUUCAGCUCCACGCUCCUGUCGCCACGGAGAUGAGGUGUGGCCAGACCUGUAUCUGGGGGACAUGUUUAUGUCUCAUGACAAGCUUGGGCUCUGGCAGCUGGGCAUCACUCAUGUGCUGAAUGCAGCGCAUGGGAAACUGUGCUGUAAGGGCAGUGAUGAUUUUUAUGGAACCACGGUGAAAUACUACGGCGUCCCAGCCAACGACCUGCCAACAUUUGACCUUUCACCUUAUUUCUACCCGGCUGCUGAGUUCAUCCACCUGGCUUUGGCAUCAGGAGGAAAGGUGUUGGUGCACUGUGCUGUGGGUGUGAGUCGCUCAGCUGCGUUGGUCCUAGCCUACUUGAUGAUUCAUCACCACCUCAGUCUUCUGUCUUCUAUACGCUGUGUGCAACAGAAACGCUGGAUUUUCCCAAACAGAGGCUUCCUGCGACAGCUUAUAGCCCUGGACCGAAAACUGAAGGAUGAAGGGUUGAAUGAGCCAAAAUAAAACAAAGAAAGGAGCAACCCUACAUAGUAAAUUAGUAGAAUUGUCGUCCCUUAGUCUGCAGAAGUCAAUGUCUUCAUUCAUCGUGCAAGCCUGUCUCCAUUUCUACCAUUUACUGUAUCUAUACACUAAACAGUUCAACUGUGUCUACCCCUCCCCUCUCUUGUCCUCUCCUGAUGUGACCUCAGUGGGGACAGAGAAAGUUCCCUGUCUUUUCCCUGCUGGACCUUUGGCAUCAGUGAACAGACUAAUCAAUGCAACAGCAACACCAUUAACAAACUCUACAUCGAGUCGGAGAGAACUCACUGAACACAGAGAGCUAAUUUUGGAGGCAAGCUGCAUUCGAACAGCCACCUGCUGUUGUCUCUCACUGAGCUGCACACUCUGGUUCUGAAGGGACAGUGGACACAGACAGUCUGUUGGAGGAGCACUCUGUGUCCAA